AUGCGCCCGUGGCUUCCACUAUCAUUAGCCACUCUGGCAGCUGGUUAUGUUGUCAACAAAGAUAAAACCUGCACACUAUACCCGGAAUCUCUGAAAAAUAAUGGCCAGGCAGUCGACGAUGCCCCUUCAAUUCAAAAGGCCUUCGAACUUUGCGGUACCGAUGGCAAGGUCAUUUUUGCUGCGAACCAUACAUUCAAUGUCAAUUCUGUUAUGAACACGACCAACUUGUUGAAUUGUGACGUGUCUCUAAGGGGUGAGCUCCGCUUCUCGACGGACAUUCCAUAUUGGCUUUCACACUCCUACUCCGUUGUCUUUCAAAACCAAUCUACCGCGUGGCUAUUUGGCGGUACAAAUGUCACAUUUCGAGGCGAAGAGGGUGGCUGGUAUAAUGGCCAAGGUCAGGCUUGGUAUACUCAGAACCGUAACCAAAGCAAUCAACCUGGUCGGCCUAUUAGUAUCACCUUCUACAAUUCGACAAACCUUCUAGUGGACGGACUCACUAUAAUUCAACCUCAAUUCUGGGCAACGUUCGUCUGGCAAAGCAAGAACGUCUCUAUUACGAACUUUUUCGUCAAUGCCACCAGUGAUGAUGAAUGGGGUACCGUGAACACUGAUGGCUAUGAUUCUUGGAAUAGCGAUAACUUGCUUGUUGAGAAUGCCGUCGUCACGAACAGCGAUGACUGCAUCGCUGUUAAAGGAAACACAACGAAUCUUGUUGUCAGGAAUGUCACCUGCCACUGGGGUUUCGGUAUGGCAAUCGGGUCUGUGGGACAGUAUGCUACGAUGCCCGACUACGUGGAAAACAUCACAUUCGAAGAUGUCAAAUGCUAUAAUUGCAUGGAAGCAGCUUUCAUCAAAACAUGGCAGGGAGUUCCCGAAGACAACAGCUCGAACGGCGAUGGUGGAGGCGGCGGCAGCGGGCUCAUCAAGAAUGUGGUGUUCCGCAACUUUGAAUUGACCAAUGUUGCCUUGCCUAUUCAAAUAUCUCAGUGUAUCUAUACUGAGAAUGGGCAAAACUGCAACACAUCAAAGAUGGCAAUUGAGGAUGUCACAUGGUCCAACAUCAAAGGCACCUCGCGGUAUAACAUUGCUGCUUCGCUGUAUUGCUCGGACGUGCACCCUUGCCCGGGUAUCAAGUUUGAGAAUGUCGAGAUUCAAUCGGUCAACCAUACCCUGGGGCUGCCUAUGUCUGAUACGACAUUACAAGAUGAGGUGUACCAAUGUACGAAUUUGGUUGACAGUUCGGGCGUUCCCUGCAAUCGCGCGGCACCGAGUAAUUAUGGACAGGUCGUUACUUCGAACGUGAAAGAUGACGGAAGUAGCACUGACACUUCGAUGGACUCGAUAGUGGCAGCCAAGAAGGAGGAGCAGGAGAAACUUGGUUAUCAACACUGA